UUACGUGUAAACUCUGGAUAUACACUGGGUACGAAACUGAUGUAUAAGGCUUGUGGCUGAAUUUAUGUUAUUGGUGUGUGUAAUCAACAAUUUAUGUUCGAUCACAUUUUUUAACAAGUGUUUCAAGAAUUGUAUAACUGAAGUGAUUAAUGUUGGCGUUUAUAGAAAAAGCGAUUUAAUGUAAUGGAGAAGAAAAAAAGAUUUAAGUCAAAUGCAAUUUCUGAAUUAGAUAAAGAAAUUGAAGAACUUCGGGCUCAAUAUGCUGCCUUUAUAAACGAAGACAAACUAAAACUUUUUUCAAGUUUUCCUUUAUCGUAUAAAACACUGAAAGGAUUAUCUGAUUCAAAAUUGUAUCAUCCAACUGAUAUACAGCGGAAGUGUAUCAUCCCAAUUCUUCAGGGUAAAGAUGUACUUGUAUCAGCAAUUACCGGAAGUGGCAAAACCUUAGCAUUUUUAAUUCCUAUUCUUGAGCAUCUAUACGUGAAUAAGUGGUGCCGUACAGAUGGUAUUGCAGCAGUCAUUAUUUCACCAACGAGAGAACUAGCUUAUCAAACAUUUGAAACACUUAAAAAAGUAGGGGCGUACCACGACUUUUCAGCUGGACUCAUCAUUGGGGGAAAGAACUUAAAAUUUGAAAGAUGUCGAAUGGAUCAAUGCAAUAUUUUGAUAUGCACUCCAGGCCGAUUAUUGCAGCACAUGGAUGAAAACCCGCUUUUUAAUGCUUCGACAAUGGAGAUGCUGGUGUUUGACGAAGCUGACCGAUGCUUAGAUAUGGGGUUUGAGCAAACUAUUAAUGCUAUCAUUACAAAUUUCCCUACUAGUCGUCAAACAAUUUUAUUCUCUGCAACGCAAACGAAUUCAGUGAACGACUUGGCACGCCUAAAUAUGAAUCACGCUGUAGAAAUUGGCAAUGAUAUUGUUUGUAGAACAGUUGUUCCUGAUCUUUUACAACAGAGUUAUGUGGUUGUACCUCUUCAAGAGAAAAUUAAUAUGCUUUGGUCAUUUGUCAAAAAUCAUUUGAAUCAAAAAAUUAUUGUUUUUCUUUCAAGUUGUAAACAAGUGAAAUUUAUUUAUCAGAUAUUCUCAAAAAUGAGACCGGGUAUAUCACUACUCGCCCUUUAUGGAACUCUUAAUCAAGAUCGACGCCUUAAUAUAUACAAUGAUUUUGUAAGAAAAUCAAGUGUUGUAUUAUUUGCUACCGACAUUGCCUCACGGGGCUUGGAUUUUCCAGCUGUAAACUGGGUCAUGCAGCUUGAUUGUCCUGAUGGUGUUACACAAUAUAUCCAUAGAGCAGGACGCUCAGCACGGAAUAAAGCACGUGGUGAAAGUCUUUUAGUACUUCUGCCAUCUGAAGAAAAUGCUAUGGUCGAAGAAUUAAACAAUAGAAAUAUUAAAAUACGAAAAGUCCACAUUGAUCCAAACAAAUUGUUAUCCUUACGUAUAAAAAUUGAAGCAUUCUUGGCGCAAAAUAUAGAACUGAAGCAAUCAGCGCAACGGGCCUUUAUUGCGUACGUAAAGUCUAUUUGUUUUAUGAGUAAUAUAAGGAUUUUUAGAGUUCGAGAAUUAGAUUUAGAUGCUUUUGCAAAAUCAUUGGGCCUUGUGAACGCGCCUAGAGUACGUUUCCUUGAACGUUACUUUAGAAAGAAGCCUGGAAUUAAUAUUGAAAACAAAAAUAGAAGUAUAUCUGAUAUUUUGCAUUCAAAUGAUUCGUCUGAUGACGAUAUCCUAAAAGUAAAACGCGUUAAUCAUGAUAUCUAUUCUGAUAACACAACUAAUGAUAAUUCUUUUGUAUUACCGCAAAAAAAUGAUAAAUUGUUAACUAAAGUUUCCCUAGCAAAGAAACUUGUCAAAAAAAAAUCACAACUUAAUGUGAAGCAAUAUUUUGAUACAGAAGUGAUGGAUGCAGACGAUUCACUUGAACAAGAGAAUAACUGGCUAGGGAGUGUAAACAGUGGAAUAGAUAUUGAAGCAGUUAAAUUGUUGAUAAAUGAGGAAGAUAAAAAAGAUAAGGAACGUUUUAAAACAAUAGUUAAACAAAGGCACAGAGAAAAACGAGUAAAGUCGAAAAAUAAAAAGCGUGAUAAAGAUGAAUCUGAGAUGAACGACAGCAGUGAUGAUGACGUAAUAGAGUUACCACGGCUACUCACUAAUAAGCAAAGUGCUAGUGGUUUUAAUAUGAAGGAAAAGUUUAUUAGACUAUCCAACCAAAGCGAUGCCAAAGUUGUGAAGAAAGCAAAAAUCAAUUUGAGGUCAGCCAUUUCAGACGCUGAAGUUGUUGCGACCGAGUUAAUGGCUCAAUCAAACUAAACUUAUUCAGGAAGUAAAUACGUUUGUAGUCUAUAUCUUAUUUAAGCAUAAUCAGUAGUAAAUUAAAUUCGUAUUCAUUCUAAAUAAAUUGAAUUUAUAUUUGAAAUUAAA